AUGGAGGAGCUUGACCUCUUCUUUGAGUAUCUUUACCCUCUUACACCUCUUGUCCACGAACCUAGUUUUCGGGACAACUUGGCCUAUUUUGUCCCAUCAGACCGCCCGCCACACCUGGAGAGAUGCCCCGAAGCCGCAUUCACGCUCAUUACUGCCGUCUGCGCAGAGGCGGCCUUUCUCCUACCAAAAGAUAUUUUUCCGAGCGGCGAAACCGUUGCCGGCAUCUUCCUGCAAGCCUCGCGCAACUGUCUUGCCGGGUACCUCGAGGCAGACCUCGAGAAUCCCAACGCCAGCUCCAUCACCAUCCGGUACUUUCACUCCAACUGCGUCCACGCCUCUGGCAAGCCCAAGUUUUCGUGGCACAUUUUCGGAGAAGCCACGCGGCUGGCGCAAGUCAUGAGGCUGCAUGACGAGGCCAGCUACAAAGGCCUCUACCCAAUCGAGGCAGAGAUGCGGCGCCGCGUGUUUUGGAUAGUAUACAUGGGCGACAAGUCGGCCGCCAUUCUCAACAGUAGGCCAAUCACCAUGCACAAGUACUCGUUUGAGUGCGGCGUCACGGCUGCGUACCCUACUGGCAUCGAGGAAGAGUCGCAGACGCCAAUCUCGCCAGACAGCGUUUGCUCGACGGAACCUGCUGCUACCAGGCGCCAGAAACUCAUACUCGGCUUCAAUGCUAAUAUUCGACUUUGGGGCGCGGCGUCUGAUUUACUGCUCGCCCUUCGCAUCAUGGAAGACCAGUCGCAACUCUCGAGGGGAGACGGUCUAAUCAACACCCUGAGCGCGAGUCAGCGCGAGAUUAUUGACCCGCUGUACAUUUCAUUCAUUACAAGUCUGGAUAAUCUGCCAUCUUUUCUAAAAUUGCAUUCUUUUACGCCAACCUCGAAAUCUGAGACUUUUGAGUCGCAGCAGUUCUUGAUACAGUGUGCAAAUCUGCAAGUGUCGAUGCAUUGUUUACGAAUGGUCAUUGUACAAAAGUUUGAGCACUUGGCAUAUCUCACUGCCGGCAUAGAGCAGACAGAUCUUCAAAAGACGGACAUUGUGAGGGACGCGCUGCGGGUCAUACAUGAAGUGCCAUUCUGGGCUAUUCAAGUAAACGGCGAGCCUUAUGUAGAAAAGCUACGAUUGAUUGGCGCCAGCUUAAUGGCGAUAAUUCAUCGGAAUCCAGAUUCGCCCAUUGCGGCACGCGCUCGUGGGGACUUUGAUAUUUUGUUGGACGUUUUGACGAGGCUAGAUUCCAAGGCGUCUGAUGCACUUCGCAACAAUUCUUCUUGGAUAUUGUGA